UGAAUAUAUAGUACCUCACAUUCACAGAAGCUUCAUCACCACCACUAUCACCACCUUCCUUCAGUCCUUUCCUUUCCCUCCACCAUUUCCAGACAAGAACAAUUCCACAAACCCACUUUGUCUCUUUCUCAGAAGUCAGAAAUAUGGGCAAUGCAGCUUCUUGCACACCUUCCUUGAUGAUAUCAAAUGGGGGAAUCAAGGUCUUGUCUUUAGAUGGAAGGCUAGAGUCCUACACAAGGGCAGUGAAAGCUGCAGAACUAAUGCUUGAGAAUCCCGGUCAGUUUGUGUGUGACUCUGGCUUCCUCAAAGUAGGUCAUAGGAUUCAAGGGCUUCUGGCUGAUGAAGAGCUUGAGAGGAAAAAGUUCUACUUUCUUCUUCCCAUGGAGCUGCUCUACUCUGUGCUGACACAUGAAGAGAUUAGCUCCAUGAAUUAUAAAGCUUCUAGGGCUGUCAAGCAUGGAGGAUUUAAUAAUCUGGGGAAGAUCUUUCCUGUCUGUAUGUUUCCUUCUGAAGCAAAGAGACUUGAAGGUCAUGAUGAUGAUACGGUGGGUUGUGAGGGAGAGAAGAUUGAGAAAAGAUGCUUUUCAAAGCAGGGAUCUUGGAGACCUGCAUUGGAGACCAUUGAUGAAAUUCCCUGAGGCAGUUUUCAUGGACAAAAACCUUUCUUUUUUUCUUUUGUGUAUUACUUGUACUUGUUAGUAGAUAUUCUUGAUAUAUAUUGAGUUUACAUUAGAUCUGUUGUAUACAUACAAUACUACUCUUGCAAAUCCUGCUCUGAAACUUCCGUAGAUUUAGAGUUUUUGCUCGGGAAAGUAGCAAGAUUGGAUCUGCUAAUUUCUGGGAAAUCCCACUGGAUCUGAACAUCUGUUGUAUUUUCUUUGCUAUAGACAUUACCAUUCUUAUUU